GACAUGACAUCUGGCACACUCACUCACUCGCUCUUUGCAACUUGCAACCGCUCUCCAACUCUCUUCUAUCUUCUUCUUUCUCACAACAUUCAUCGUUUUCCGGAUCAAACCAAAAUUCGACGAAGCUUCAAUUCCACUUUGUUGGAUUAAAUUCAAUUUCAGCAUGAAGAUUUGUCAUGAGGAAGCAUGUCAGUUAUUAGAGAUUAAAUCCAUUCAUAAGCUUGUUCUCUAACGAUUCGAGUUUAUUUAUGGACCUUUAUGUGAAGAGUUUAUCCCUCUGAAGAUGAGUGCAGAAAACAAAAAAUUAAAACCAAAGAGUGAUGAUAGUGAACUCUUUCUGAAUAAUGCUAACCACUGUAAUUGGAAAAUUUUGAAAAAUGAGUCAGGUGCAGGUGCAAAUGCAGCUUCUUCCAGAGCUGACAUGACAUUAGCUGCCAAUGACCCUCUAUCUGAAAUAGUUUGGUCUCCAGAAAAAGGUUUAAGUCUUAAAUAUGCAGAUUCAAGCUUUGCUAAUAAAAAUACUUCUCUUUUUCGGGAUGUUGGACCAAGCUGUUGUAUGGUUCUUUCAUCACCACAAAGUUUGACUGGUUGCAAUUCUACCACUGGUAAACCUAUAGAUGAUGUUUUUGCGAAAUCUAAAGCAAUCGCGAGUGCCACGAGCGAUAAUGCUGCUAUAACAGAUGCUCCCUCUGUGCAUCCUAUAAGUGAUUCAGAUGUCAAGCUUGAUUAUAAAGCCGGUGAAAGUAAUAUAGAAAGAGCAUCUAAUUUGCCUGAUGAUCAAGAUGGGAAUCCAACUAAAGAUUGGGAGAAAAACACUGGUGAUAAGGCCGGCACUGAAACUGAUAAAUUGUCUACUAUUUCAGGUCAGGUUGGCCGAAGGCCAUCUUAUAAUAUAUUAAUUCAAUCAGAUGAACCGAAACCUACUAUCAUGGAGCGAAAUACUUCACCAAGGAGACCUUCCAAUGAAGGCAUAGAUAUUGAUACUGGAAAAAAGGAAGCUGGAACAACAGAUGAUGAUUUACAUAUUUCAUUUGAGCCUAAAAUUGAAUAUAAAGACCUUGGUGCUUCUGGAACAAAUCUAACAUCCUCCACCAGGAAUUUCUUAGAAAAACCGGAAUCUGGCGCCGAAAAUGAUUUAAGAAAUGUUGAAACUGAAACUGCUUGUGCUGUAACAUGUGGAGUUAUUGUUAAUGAGACUAAAAAUGAAUCUCAGGACAAUGAAAUGACACUACUUUGCGAUAAGGUUCUUUCGGUUUCGCACUAUCCAUGUAGUAGCAGAAUUCACAUGACAAAAGACAAAGGCAAGGAAAAAUCCUUAUCGGACGGGGACGCAAAUGUAAGAUUACCAAUGGAUAAUGACAGCCAUUCAAGUGUUGAAAGCCGUAACAGUGCUGGAUUUUUUUCCACAGGUAAAAAGAGGCGUAGCAUUCAACAGCAGUUGAUAAUUGGGAGUAAAAGAGUCAAAAAGAACAUAGAAGAAACUUCUGGUUCCAAACCCUGCACUAAACAGGACAGCUCAUUCAAAAACUGGAUUUCAAGCAUGGUGAAAGGCCUCUCACAAUCAAUUCAACAUAAUUCAGACACUUUACCUCUUAGCCUUGCAAAUCCGUAUCAUCGUCAUGCACGGCCUGACGAGAAACUUAUCUCAUGCAAAAUGAAUCAAGAUACUGUGCCAAAAAAUACAGGAUUCAAAUCCAUUUUUCAGUCGAUGUAUCGUCCAAGUUUGAAGAAUGUAAGAACAAGAAUGCUUCAUCAAGAAGAAGAAAGUAAUGAGGAUUCAGAACCAAGUAAAAUGAUACAUGGAAUAAAUGCUACUCCAAUAACCUGUUUUGCAGCGAACAAUAGCCUUGCCGAACAGCGUUUUCAAUCAAAUAAGUUUGAAGCAUCUCCGGCGAGAUAUGAUGCUGGUCCAUCAGAGCCUACCAUAGCACCUUUAAAUUUUUUUAACUGUCAGGAAAGUAUAAAAAAUAACCCAGUGGAGAAUGAAAAUUGUUCAAACUUGAGCCUUAGUAAGGACAAGGAAGAAAUGGCAUCAAAUUCAUCUUCAAGCAGACAAAAUGCAAAUAAUACUGAUAAUGUAGAUUCAAAUGCACCAUCUGAGAGAAAGGAAGCACAGAAUAUCUGUCACAGAAGAGACAAUCUAGGGAGUCUGUGGAUAACUCGAUUUGCUUCAAAAUCCACGCCCCCGUUGACUAUUUCUGAUCGCCUCAAUGAGAGAAGUUUCCACUGUAAAAUUGAAGAAACUGGAGAACAACCUGCUAAUGACACAAAAAUUUCCAUUGGUCUUAAGGAAGAUAAGGGAAAUAAUGAUCAUAAAUCACAUUAUUUGUUCAACAACAUUUCAUCUUCGCCAGGAUUCACGAAUUCGGAGCAAAUGGCUUCAAUAUUUGCAAGGAGAUUUAUUGCCAUCAAACACAUCAUGCCGACAAACAAUGAAGGGAGUGCAAGACCGCAGCCUGAUGAAGCUGACUGUAUUUUAUCUGGUGGUACUAUUCAUGAUGGCAUCGAUCACGAAACAGAUCAGAAUAUUAAUUUGAAGCGGAAAUCAAAUGACAUUAUAACCUUCAAGAUAGAAUGCAGUGCAUCAUGCAAGUCUACUUCAAAGGAAAACAAAUUAAGAGACAAACCUAUAACAUCUCCAUUCAGAAUGGCUGAAAAGAAUAUUUCACAUGUGCCAGAGGGAAUCUUUGAUGCAGUGAAAAAUCUUCAAUUGUCCCGCUCCGAAAUUCUGAAAUGGAUUACUGUUCAUGGCUCAAUCUCGCAACUUAAUGGUUUUUUCUUGCGUCUGCGGCUUGGAAAAUGGGAAGAAGGGCAUGGGAGAACUGGAUAUCAUGUGGCUUAUAUAAAUGAGACUGAAAGACAUAGUUUAGAGCAGCAUAUGACAAAAUCUCUCUCAGUGAAAGUAAGGGGGAUGAAGUGUAUGGUAGAAAGUCAUUAUAUAUCCAAUCAUGAUUUUCUUGAGGAAGAAAUCAUGGAAUGGUGGUCUACCACCUCAGAAACAGGUGUUGAGAUUCCAUCUGAACAAGAUCUGAUAGCAAAAUUUAAAAAGAAACAAAUGUUAGGUCUGUAGCCAUUUAUUAAGUGUUAAUAUAUUCAUUAUCAUAAUAAGCAGUUUAUACUCUCAUAUUUUGUUUCUUAUUUAUGAAAAGUUGUAUAGAAAACAAUAAUACUGACUCGAUUUAAAGGAAUAAUAUAUACAUGCACAACUUGACAAAUACA